AUGUCGAGUGAAACGUCGAAUGUUGCUAAGAUCGAGUCAGGAGCUUUGAUUUCGUCCACGUGUGAGGCCGUAGAUCCCUCUGUGAAGACCGUUAUGCCGUCCCAAAAGAAGGUCAUGAAGGCGAAGAUUAAGGCGGUUAUUGCUGCGGUUGCUGCAACUCAAGCUGAAGAGGAAGACAUGUACAAUCUAUGUGUGGACCACCCGUACUUGAGUGUGCUAUACAAGCGCAUCCGCUCGCACCGCAAGAAGCUCGAGAAGAUUAAGGGAUUAGCGCAUGCUCAGGCGAAUGAGGGAAAAGUGCUCAAUGCUCAGCAAUUGGAGCUUAUGAGCAACAAGGCACCGCUGGAGAAGCUUGUAGUAGAGCUAGAGAUGCUUCGAGAGCAGUUUGUUGUUGUUUACAGCCAGGAACUCGAGCAGAAGCAGCAACAGAAGCAGCAAAAGGCUGCAGUUGAGCCUGUUGCAGAAGAAACUGGACAGGUGAAGGAGAAAGAGGAUGUUGAGCAGGAAAAACGAGCUCAAGAGGUGGAGAAGGACGUUCAGGUGGUGAAGGAGACGGUUGAGAAGGUGGAGAACUGUGCUAAUGUGUACGAGUUGCUAAAGACACUGCAUGUAGUUAACCUGCAUCAAUCUCUGGGUAAAGAGGUGCCUAUGGUGCUGGACUUUUUUUCCAAGAUGCUGCUGGGCAAUACACGCCCACCUGCUGAGGUGUCGUACGAGGAGAACUUGAUAGAGUCGCUGGAGGAAGCCAAGAAAUAUCUAAUGAAGAGUGACAAGGUGUUUGCGUGUGACACGACCUAUAACAGCUUACGGGCGUUUGUGGACGAGUUGGCAAACUUGUCUUCAAAAAAGCCGGAGCAGGCUAUGGCCGGACUUGUUCACGAUGCGAAGAACUCUGCCACUUUAGUUGAGGAGACUUUGGACGUCCCUGUUGUGCCUGCUGAGAUUAACAUGAUGCCGCAGAUCAGCUUCUUUGCUGAAUCACAGCUUGAGUCAGAAAAGGACGAGACUGCUCCAGAAGUCAAGGUGGCCGAAUUGCAAGCAGAAAUAACCAAAGUUGCGGCUGCUGAUACUCAGGACAAGCUCUUCCCUGAAGUUGGCGAGAAAAAUGAAGCCCGGAUUGAAGAGCAAGUUCGAGUGCAAGCUGAGGCUCCAUUUGCCGUAAAGUCGGUUUCUGCUCCGCCUCUCUCGUUCGCAGCGGUUGCUGCUGGAGUUUCUGAUGAGGGCACGCCUUUUCCUUCGGCUUCGUCUGGAUCAUCUGGUAAUGAGAAGAAGGAGUUUGGUCCAGAAGGAAAUAGCCCACAGGGCAAGAAUAUUCGCCGCCGCGGCCAGGGACGCUGGAGAGAGAAAGGUAGUAAUAGUAACAGUGGUGGCAACAAAUCUGGCAAUGGGUCUUCUACGAAGCCGCGUCGUUCUCGUGCGCCACGCGCAACCGACAUGAACAGUGGCGUGCAUGGAUACAAACGCAGCGGAUCGAAGGAGGGCGGACGCCAUCGCGUUGAGCGUGGCUCGCGAAAGCAGGACUCUUCGCAGCAGCCCACGACCCCCAUGAUCGUGCCACACGCGUGA